AUGGACCGCAACUUCGAUAUCCCAGAUUCCACAGACUGGGCAGUCACGCCACUCCCUGAAGUCGGCCACUUCGAAUCCGCCUUACGAUGUCAGAUAUGCAAGGACUUCUUCGAUACCCCGGUCAUUACCUCGUGCUGCCAUACGUUUUGCUCCCUGUGUAUACGACGAUGCUUGAGUGCCGAAGGUAGAUGCCCUGUCUGUCGCAGCAACGAUCAGGAGCUCAAGUUGCGCCGAAACUGGGCGGUUGGGGAGUUGGUAGAGUCCUUCAAGGCAGCCAGGCCAUCGAUCUUAGAUUUUGCGAGGAAGAAUACUAUUCGUACAACUCUGGUAUCCCGGCCUGGAUCGGAGGAUAAUGCGGAAGGCCCGGCGUCGAAACGAAGGAGGAUUGACUCUUCUGCGGCGGCAGACAGUGCUUCAACUUCGGAUACUGCGAGGAGAACGAGGUCACAGGCUAGGAAAUCAGAAAACGGUGCAAGAGCAGAAGACGAACCUAUAGUUAUUCAGGAUAGUGCCGAUGACGAGGACUAUGAGCCAGGUAUGAACUUACGAUUUCUCGUCCAAUAUACGUUGGUGGUCAUGGUGGCUGACCGUUACGACAGACGAUGGACUCGUGGCGUGUCCCCCAUAAACUACGCACUUUUCAAAGACAACUCCCUACGAAAGAAGCUCAAAGAGCUUGGUAUCCCAGAUUCGGGCCCGAAACCUAUAUUACAGAAACGACACACGGAAUGGAUGAACCUAUGGAACGCCAACUGUGAUGCUAUAAAUCCUAAAUCUAAACGCGAUCUACUUCGAGAUCUUGAUAUGUGGGAGAGAACUCAGGGUGGCCUGGCAGUCUCGCAGUCUUCAUCCAGGUCCAACUCUUCAAUAAUGAAGAAGGAUUUUGAUGUAUCUGCGUGGUCGGAGACGCAUGAUGACGAUUAUAGAAAACUCAUUGCUAAUGCACGCACAAUGAGAGCCACGCGUGCUGUGGCGCCUAGUGAAGUUGGAGAAGGCCAGUCGAAUGAUAAGGAGGACAGGGAGCAGCAGCCGCCCACCACCAAAGAUCUAGAGCUAGAGGAAACAGGGCAACCGGCCGAGUCGACUGAUCCUAGCAAGCAUGAGCCUGCUGAUCCGGUCAGUGGGAUAGAAACAGAAAGCGCAGACAGGACGGUGCCGGUGGCCCUAGUGGCACCAUAG